CUAAUCCUUUCCAACAUGUUUGCUUCAAUUAUUUUACUAUGGAUCUGCGUGGUCUUCAUCAUCCUUCAACUGAAGUCUCGGAGACCCAAGAACUUUCCACCAGGACCCCCUGCCUUACCCAUAGUAGGAAACCUUUUGCACAUGAGCCUAGAAAACCCCCUGAAGGACUUUGAGAGGCUGAGGAAGUCUUAUGGAGAUGUCUACAGUCUGUACUUGGGCCUACAACCAGCUGUUGUUCUCAAUAGGAUGGAGGCCAUGAGGGCGGCCUUAGUGACCAAAGCCACUGAUUUUGCUGGACGACCCCAAGACCUGUUAGUUAAUAAUGCCACUAAGAGGAACGGAGUGGUUCUAGCAGAUUACGGUCCCAGCUGGAAGGAGCAUCGUCGCUUUGCUCUGAUGACUCUGAGAAACUUUGGCAUGGGGAAGAAUUCAAUGGAAGACAGAAUCCAUGGAGAGAUGCAGUACGUCAUAAAAACACUGGAGGAGAGCGUUGGCAAAUCCUUCAGUCCUCAAGUCAUGUUUCAUAAUGCAGCUUCCAACAUCAUCUGCCAGGUUCUGUUUGGUACACGCUUUGAGUAUCACGAUGAUUUCAUCAGAACAAUUAUUAGGUGCUUCAAUGAGAAUUCAAAGAUAGCUAAUGGACCGUGGUCUAUGCUGUAUGACUCCAUUCCUAUGAUUCGCAGCCUGCCGCUGCCCUUCAUGAAGGCCUUUAAGAACAUAGAGACCAUUGAGACUCUUUUGAAAGAUUUGUUGGAAAAGCACAAGAAGACCAGAGUCCCUGGAGAUCCACGAGACUUUGUUGACUGCUACCUGGAUGAGCUUGAUAAGAGGGUUGAGGAUGGUUCUUCAUUUUCAGAGGAUCGGCUGACUAUGCAUGCUCUGGAUAUUUAUUUUGCCGGGACUGACACAACCUCCAACACCCUACUUGCUGGUUUCCUUUACCUUUCAACACACCCACACAUACAAGAGCGCUGUCAGCAGGAGAUAGACUCUGUGUUGGAAGGAAAGGAUCGGGUCAGUUUUGAUGACAGACACAACAUGCCAUUCAUGCAGGCUGUGAUCCAUGAAGUCCAGAGGGUGGCCAACAUCGUCCCACUGAGCGUCUUCCACUGUACAACAAAAGACACAGAGGUCAUGGGAUAUUCAAUUCCUAAGGGAACGCUGAUCAUCCCUAACCUGGGCUCAGUGCUGAAUGAGGAGGGACAAUGGAAACACCCUCAUGGAUUCCACCCUGAAAACUUCCUCAAUGACAAGGGAGAGUUUGUCAAACCAGAGGCCUUCAUGCCUUUCUCUGCAGGUUCUCGUGUAUGUCUGGGGGAGAGUCUGGCCCGUAUGGAGCUUUUCCUCAUCAUGGUGACACUGCUGAGGAAGUUUAAGUUCAGCUGGCCUGAGAACGCUGGAGAGCCAGACUACACUCCGGUCUAUGGAAUCACUCAGACUCCCCAACCCUACAGCAUGAAAGUCCAGCUCAGAGCAACGCAGUAAGGCUGGAGGAAUGAGCCUGAAUAACAGAGAUGGCGUUUAAAGGGACAGUUCAGACUUUCUGUGAGGAUGUAUGGAGUAAUUAUCAGUUGUGAGUGAAUUACAAACACAUGAGACAACCAUCAGCACUGCUGCUGUUUGAAGAAUCUGGGUGGAGAGCUGAAGAAUACGUCCAGAAAAUAUUAAUGCUAUUUAACAAAUAUUUUACUGCUUAAUCAGAGGGAAAUCAUUUCUACUGUGAAAAUGUUCAGUUUGAAAAUUAAUACAUCUGAAGCUUCAAUAAAAUAAAAAAUUAUUUUACAUUUUCUUUUCAGUAUGCAAACUGAAAUCAUACAGUCAAAAAAUAUUUCAGAGAAAAAGUAAUUACAACAUUAUUUAAAAGUAUGAAAGACCUACAACUAUGGGGCUCUGUAGUAAGAACCCCAAGAUUGGUUCCUGGCCUUAAAAAAAACAUGAUUUUUAAAUAUCAGCUCAUUUU